UAGCAGGGCUGCCUCUCUUCCCUCCCGGGCGAUCCCAACUUCACUUAAACACAGGCAAAGGCUGUGCGCGGUCACACGAAUUCAACGGGGGUCCACCGGGUCUGCUGAAAGAGAGGGCUGCCUGCGCUUCAAAGUCGUGUUUGUAGUCACGGGGGCUCUGAUGCCUGUUGUGGGCUCCUGAAUUUUGAAUAACGUCAGGAUGAGCUGCACCGAGGCACGUUCCCAGCGAGGAAGCCGUCUGUUCUCGAUGCGUUCAGCUGCUGCCAAUUUGCCGGCAUUCAGAGGAAAGGACGAGCGCGUCCACUGAGUCAUUCCUUCUGUGUCGCGGAGCGAGGGACAGAGCUUUCGAGAUUUAUCUGCUGAACUUUCGCACCUAUGAUGAAUGCUGAAAUCGGGGCUCGUUCGGGAUCCGCACGCUUAUCGCUUUCGAUGUGCUGGAAAACUGACGCGUAUCAGUGAAAGAGCCUUAAGCGAGUGAGGGUGAGAGAGGAAAGUUUGCUGUCGCUGGAAAAGAUGUGCAGUUGGAGACCUUGCAGGAGAAGCCGGUGGCGGGCGCUGAGGUCUCGGUGGCUGGCAGCCAGCCUGACCUGUACGUUGUUAGUUGUGUACGUGUGCACCCAGGACCUGUUACAUAGUGUCAUACGUUUCCCAAUAUUAUGGGGGAGCUCAAACCCACCGAAACAAGUGACCGUCCUCAUCUGGUACGAACCCUUCGGCAAAAGACGCCGCCUCGGGGACUGCCACCUCCUAUUUAACAUCACCGGGUGCAAUCUUACCACAAACAGGAGCCUCCACCAGGAGGCCGAUGCCAUCUUGUUCCACCACAGGGAUAUCGGCGAUUUCAGUGACUUCCCCAUGAUAAGACCAAGUUCUCAAAAAUGGAUUUGGAUGAAUUUCGAAUCCCCGUCCCAUUCCCCGUGGCUGUCAAGCUUAGGGGGCAUAUUCAACUGGACCAUGUCGUACAGGGUGGAUUCUGAUAUUUUUAUGCCGUACGGCUAUUUGUUCUCCAGGAAGAAACCUAAAGUUAUUCUCCCGAGGAAAAAAAAGCUGGUGGCGUGGGUGAUAAGCAACUGGAGCGAGGAUCACGAGAGGGUCCAGUACUAUAACCAGUUGAGGGAGUACGUCGAGAUCGACAUAUACGGACGAUACGGGAUGGAUUUAAAAGACGAUAAUAUUGUCAAGACGGUCUCUGAAUAUAAAUUUUACCUUGCCUUUGAGAAUUCACUGCACACGGAUUAUAUUACCGAAAAACUAUGGAGAAACGCCUUCAAGGCUGGCGCGGUCCCCAUCGUCAUGGGUCCGAGCCGAUACAACUACGAGAUGUUCAUACCUCGCAACUCGUUCAUCCACGUGGAUGAUUUUUCCAGCCCGAGGAAAUUGGCCGUGUACUUGAAGUUUCUCGACAAGAACAUGCACCGCUACAGAAGGUACUUCACCUGGAAGAAGCAAUACGACGUCCACGUGCCGUCCUUUUGGGACGAGCACUACUGCACCGCCUGUGAAACCGCGAAGACGGCUGGGAAUCGGUUUCGGACGGUAUCGGAUCUCGCAGGCUGGUUUGAGAGCUGACGGCGUUAAUCGGGUUACGACUGGAAGAACUCCUGAGUUAUUCCAGAAAGUAUGAAAUCUUUUCGGCAGCUUUGAGAGGCGACGCGCAGCUCGGGGAUUAAUAUAAAGCGGCCCGGUGUCGUCGGUUUAAUCGGAUUCCCCUGGCGGAUCUGUAGACAUGGCGUUAUUUAACCCCGUUCGCAGUGGGCUAGCCAUUAUUAUUUAAAGAAAUGAACUCUGAUCCCGUUGCUCUUAUGAUUUCAUAUCAAGUCGUGAGUAAGCAGGUUUGUGUUUGGAAACCGGGUUGGGUGCGUGGAUAGCUGAUAAGUAAUACAUGCGUCCUGUCCUGGGAGAGGGCAUUGAGCGUGUUGUGCAUAGUACGGUUCCAUUGGAUGUGGCAUUAACUUCAAUGAUAUGCAAGAUACCGGUAAUUUGUUAUGAGGGCUGAGUUUUGGGACAAGUCAGUGGGAUCCGUGCUCCCGAUUUCAUUCUCAGAUGUAUAGGACGCCGGAUAAUGCAUUCUGCGCAUGCACAGCAGUGCUGCCGGUUUGAGUGACACCCUGCCAACCGGUUGACGGGGUGGGUGGUAUGGCACCAGGUACACCUAAGAUAAGCACGAGCCAUUUUGUCGGGACACGCGCGCUUUACAUGUGCUGGGCAGCAACAUGUCAAAUUUUAUAUGUGCCCCCGGGAAAAAAAGCGACCCUGGAUAUAGACCUUGUUACCUGGGAGUGCGCGGCACCCAAAGAGUUAACGAGAUGCUCCUGUGGUUGGGAAUAUUCUGCCGCUUUUCGGGAGUUACGUUACGAGAUAAGCACUGUUUGAUGUUUUCUAUAUAUAUGUACCAAUAAUUCUAUUUAAGGGAAAGGCUUGGGCUUUUACGAAGUACUUUUUGUUGAAUUGAAGCCGUUUAUUAGUAUUUGUCGCGGGGUGUGGAAUUUUGCUAUCUGUAAAUGAUACCGCGGUAUUUGCACAAAGCCGGACGGGUCGGGAAUAGCCGGCUAGGUACGAGUCGCAUGCACUUGGCGUGUAAACGAGCGAAUAUAUUGCUGCUAAUUUAAAAAGAAACAA